CACUUGUGACGUUAAUAUCACCCUUCUAGAUCAUUCUCCGUGAGCUUUCCCCUGGACCUGGUAAUAAAAGCUCGGUAAUAUUCCUUUCGGCACAGAGGCAUCCUUAGAGAGACACAUGUCAACAUCGAUAUUAACACAUUCUUAUACAACGAAAACUAAAGGCAUUUCAAGGAAAAAAAAUCAAGACGCAAUGGAUCAUAAUCAAGAAAAAGAGACAGAGGCAAUGAUGGUGGAUGAUAAAGACAGUGGGAUGGGAUCUACAGAAUCUGGUAGUCGUCGGGAUUCUCUGUCUAGCAUGGCGAGUGCGAAUUCAUCGGCGACUUCGAGCAACGACUCCGCAAUCGGAUCCAUGUCCGAUCAGCGUAGCUCACUCAGCUCGAAUGCGAGUUUGAUGUCGGGCAUGAGUGACCGAUCCCUUUCAUCGCGGAAGGCAUUUCAUGGGAAAAAAAAUCAAGACACAAUGGAUCAUAAUCAAGAAAAAGAGACAGAGGCAAUGAUGGUGGAUGAUAAAUACAGUGGGAUGGGAUCUACAGAAUCUGGUAGUCGUCGGGAUUCUCUGUCUAGCAUGGCGAGUGCGAAUUCAUCGGCGACUAGGAGCAACGACUCCGCAAUCGGAUCCAUGUCCGAUCGGCGUAGCUCACUCAGAUCGAAUGCGAAAUCGAUGUCGGGCCUGAGUGACCGAUCCCUUUCAUCGCGGAAGGAAUUUCAAGGAAAAAAAAAUCAAGACACAAUAGAUCAUAAUCAAGAAAAAGAGGCAGAGGCAAUGAUGGUGAAUGAUGGAGACAGUGGGAUGGGAUCUACAGAAUCUGGUAGUCGUCGGGAUUCUCUGUCUAGCAUGGCGAGUGCGAAUUUAUCGGCGACUUUGAGCAACGACUCCGCAAUCGGAUCCAUGUCCGAUCGGCGUAGCUCACUCAGCUCGAAUGCGAGUUCGAUGUCGGGCAUGAGUGACCGAUCCCUUUCAUCGCGGAAGGCAUUUCAAGGAAAAAAAAAUCAAGACACAAUGAAUCAUAAUCAAGAAAAAGAGGCAGAGGCAAUGAUGGUGAAUGAUGGAGACAGUGGGAUGGGAUCUACAGAAUCUGGUAGUCGUCGGGAUUCUCUGUCUAGCAUGGCGAGUGCGAAUUUAUCGGCGACUUUGAGCAACGACUCCGCAAUCGGAUCCAUGUCCUAUCGGCGUAGCUCACUCAGAUCGAAUGCGAAAUCGAUGUCGGGCAUGAGUGACCGAUCCCUUUCAUCGCGGAAGGAAUUUCAAGGAAAAAAAAAUCAAGACACAAUAGAUCAUAAUCAAGAAAAAGAGGCAGAGGCAAUGAUGGUGGAUGAUGGAGACAGUGGGAUGGGAUCUACAGAAUCUGGUAGUCGUCGGGAUUCUCUGUCUAGCACGGCGAGUGCGAAUUCAUCGGCGACUAGGAGCAACGACUCCGCAAUCGGAUCCAUGUCCGAUCGGCGUAGCUCACUCAGCUCGAAUGCGAGUUCGAUGUCGGGCAUGAGUGACCGAUCCCUUUCAUCGCGGAGUGGUCAGAGCAGUGAUGCAGGCUAUCCGGAUAGCGUCUCAUCAAGCCGGAGAUCGUCGAUAUCAAGCGUUCGAAGUGACGAUAGUACGACCACGAUUCGUAGCGAUGCGACGGCGACAUCGAUGAGGUCGGAUCAAACUCGGACCUCAGGAUUUAAUCAAGACUACUCGAAGUCGACACGAGAUAUCGAUUCGACACCGGGUCAUACACGAGUCCGCACCCCAUACAACCACCACUCCGGCACAACAUACACGACGACCCCCACGCCCAGAUCGGACCCGACUAUCGAGAUCAUGGUUGGGGACUUCAACGGCAAGACGCACAUCGUCAGGGUCAGGCCGACGGACACCGUCAAUAACCUCAAGAGCAAGAUUGAAGAGAAGUUGAAGGUCGCCCCUUCUCAGCAGCAAUUGACUUUCCAAGGGAGACCCCUCAAUAAUGACGCAAGCACCGUGACAUCAUGUGGACUCCAGAAUUUGAGUACCGUGCAGUUGCAGGGUCGACUUAGGGGCGGUAAAGAUUACAUGCAUCGGGCUGGCUUCGUCUGAGAUGACGACGACGAAGAUGGGAGACACAUGAGAAAAAUUGAAGGUGCCGGGGGUACAUAAUACAUGUAAUGAGGUAAAAAAAAAAGAUUUGAUGGUCUUCAUGAAGAUUGAAAUGUA